AUCAGAUUGCACGUUAUUGUAGCGUGGCUACUGGAUGCGCAUCGUGAAGUCAACAUGUCUUCAGAUGAUAAUAAUGGCCAGAGCCAAGCACCUUCUUUUGCUGGGGUCCCACCCUCAGGGAUGCCACCGCCUUUUAUGGGACCACCAGGAAUGCCGCCUCAUUAUCCACCAAUGGGAAUGCCACCCAUGGGACAGAGGCCUCCCAACAUGGCUCCCAUGCCACCUGGUAUGAUGCCGCCUGGCAUGAUGCCACCAAUGGGAGGGCCACCGAUGGGACAGAUGCAAGGCAUGAUGCCACCUAUGAUGCCCGGGAUGAUGAUGCCACAUCGCAUGCCAGCUGCGACGAUGCAGCCAACAGGACCGCCUGGAGUGGACACAACUGUCACCGCUGUGCCUGGAACAGUUGGUACCACAAAUGGCUCGCCACAGGAUGACCAACCAAAGAAUAAGUCUGUGUGGACAGAACAUAAGUCUCUGGAUGAGAAGACCUACUACUACAACACAGAGACCAAGCAGUCUUCCUGGGAAAAGCCCGACGACCUGAAAUCUCCUGCAGAACAAAUGCUGUCUAAAUGCCAAUGGAAGGAGUAUAAAUCAGACAAUGGGAAGGCGUACUACUACAACUCCCACACUAAGGAGUCCCGGUGGACCAAACCCAAAGAGCUUGAAGAUCUGGAAGCCAUGAUAAAAGCUGAGGAGAAUGGGAUGGCGGAGGUAGGUGCUCCUGGCACUGUCAUCACCCCCAACCUUCAGCUCGACAGCGCUGCUUCGAUGGCGACCAUGAUGAUGGAAAUGCCGGCCAUGAGGCCAGCUACAAUCGUCUCGGUGGAACAGAUGUCCCUGGUGCCCAUGCUUGUAGCUGAGGUCAGCGCUGACUCGCCUGUCAACUCCACAGAGGACUUGGUCAGCAUGGAGGUUUCAGCCAGUAAUGACGCCUCAAAAGAGGAGAGGCCAGAGCUAGUGAAGAAAACGUACAAGUGGAACACGAAAGAAGAGGCCAAGCAGGCCUUCAAAGAGCUCCUGAAGGAGAAGGGCGUUUCAUCCAAUGCAUCUUGGGAACAAGCCAUGAAAAUGAUCAUCAAUGACCCACGCUACAGUGCUCUGCCGAAAUUAAGUGAGAAAAAGCAGGCCUUCAAUGCUUACAAGGUGCAGACGGAGAAAGAGGAGAAGGAGGAGACUAGGAUCAAGUACAAGGAGUCCAAGGAAACGUAUCAGCGAUUUUUGGAAAACCACGAGAAAAUGACAUCUACAACCAGAUAUAAGAAAGCAGAGCAGAUGUUUGCGGAGCUGGAUGUGUGGAGCACCGUCCCAGAGAGGGACAGACUGGAGAUCUAUGAAGACGUCCUCUUCUACCUAGCCAAGAAGGAGAAGGAGCAAGCCAAGCAGCUGAGGAAGAGGAACUGGGAGGCUCUGAAGAACAUCCUGGACAACAUGGCCAACGUGACGUACCGCACCACCUGGUCCGAGGCCCAGCAGUACCUUCUGGACAACCCCACCUUUGCAGAGGACGAGGAGCUCCAGAACAUGGACAAAGAGGAUGCUCUGAUCUGUUUCGAGGAGCACAUCCGAGCGCUGGAGAAGGAGGAGGAGGACGAGAAGCAGAAGACACUGCUGAGGGAGAGGAGGAGACAGCGCAAGAACAGAGAGUCCUUCCAGAAAUUCCUGGACGAGCUCCAUGACAACGGUCAGCUCCACUCCAUGUCUGCCUGGAUGGAGAUGUACCCCACCGUCAGCUCAGACAUCCGCUUCGCCAACAUGCUGGGCCAGCCAGUUUAUGGUGUCUAUUCUGCAGGCUCCACUCCCCUCGAUCUGUUCAAGUUCUACGUGGAAGACCUGAAGGCUCGCUACCACGACGAGAAGCGGAUCAUUAAGGAUAUCCUGAAGGACAAAAACUUCAUGGUCGAGGUAAACACUAGCUUUGAAGACUUUGGCACUGUGAUCAGCUCAGACAAGAGAGCCACGACGCUGGACGCAGGCAACAUCAAGCUGGCCUUCAACAGCUUGCUGGAGAAGGCGGAGGCUCGGGAGAGGGAGCGGGAGAAGGAGGAGGCCAGGAAGAUGAAGAGGAAAGAGGCGACCUUCAAGAGCAUGUUGAAGCAGGCUACCCCAGCCCUGGAACCAGAGGCCACCUGGGAAGAAGUCCGAGAAAGAUUCCUCAAAGAAUCUGCAUUCGAAGACGUGACUCUGGAGUCUGAGAGGAAAAGGAUAUUCAAAGACUUCAUGCAUGUCUUGGAGCACGAGUGCCAGCAUCAUCACUCCAAGACCAAGAAACACUCAAAGAAGUCCAAGAAGCACCACAGGAAGCGCUCCCGCUCUCGAUCGGGCUCGGAGUCUGAAGGUGAAGACGAUUAUCACACCAAGAAGAAGAAGCGCUCACCGUCCAAGUCCCCGUCCGAGCGCUCCUCCAGUGGGGAAUCUGAUAGAAGUUAUAAGAAGUCCAAGAAGCACAAGAAGAAGGGGAAGAAGAGGCGUCACAAGUCGCAAUCUCCUGAAUCCGAAGGCGAGCGGAAAGAGAAGGGAGGAAGAGAGAGGGACAGCAAGCGGGAGAAGGACCAGGAGAAAGAAAAAGAGAACGACAAGUCCCGGGGGAAGAGUCGCUCCGAAUCCAAGCAGAAGUCACCUAAAAGGAAAUCUACCAAGGAGGAGGGUGGCUGGGACACUUCAGGCAGCGAGCUGAGUGAAGGAGAGCUGGAGAAGAGGAGGAGGACUCUACUGGAACAGCUGGAUGCUCCUUGAUCCUGCUUUUUCCUCAUGCUGUCUUCCUUUCAUCCACCAUGCAUUCCCCCCAGUGCUUCUUUUUCAGCGUAACGCCACACAUGCUUGGACUUAAGGUUACACAAUUCCAGGAACUUUCCAGAAAUUCACAGGUUUUCCAGAAAUCCCAGUUAGAAGAUUUGCGUAAUUCCUGUCAAUUUUGGGUAAGUUACCAGAAUGUUUCAGCCCUAUUUGGACUGUGUGUGAACUGUUCCCCUUGUGUUUUGUAUAAUGGGAAUGAACCCGCCACACUGGCACUAGAAUGCUUGGUCAAUAUUUUCUCUGUUUUCUUACGUUAUUGGAAGUGGUCACAGGCUGAGUUGAGUGACUACUUUGAUAUCAGAAGAAGGUCAACUGUGUGGACAUUUUAGUGACACACUUCAGAAAUGUGUUGCCUUUUUAUAAUGUUUUCUCACUAGCUAUUUCAUUUUAUUCAUUUUGUAGUCGUUUUUCUUUGCUACUAGUUUGAUAUCGAAAUGGAUUCAAAGUGCAUCUUAAUGCCAUGCUCUUUACUGUGACUGCCUUGCAGUUCUCAGUACAAUUAUUGUCCGAGUCACAAAUGGCACUGUAUUUAUUCCCUUUAUAGUGCACUACUUUUGACCAGGGCCCCCAAAGUAAAUAAAAAGUUUAAUUUAGGAAAUCUGUUGACAAAAUAUUCUCGCAAAUAAAAAGAGAUGUGUCUGUGUAA